AUGGGAUUCAGAGAUUUCCUGCCAAAAAAUGCUCAGGAUUCUACCGAUCUAGUGAAUGGGAAGGCUGAUCAGGCAAGUGUCUCCGUUGAGGCAAAGGACAGUUCCUCGGUGGAGCAGGAUGACGGCAAGGUCACCGAUGAGUACCAACCUGGUGUGAAGAAGACGGAGGGUAUGGCACUCGUCUGGACCCGUGGUUCCCUCAUCGGUGCUUACGUUGGUAUCUACCUCGUCUUCUUCUUCACCUCCCUCCAAUCUCAAACCACAAACAACCUGACAACCUACGUCUACUCCUCCUUCUACUCCGCUCCCCUCGUCACCACCGCCUCAAUCAUGUCCUCCAUCAUCGGUGGUGUCCUCAAACUCCCAAUCGCAAAGAUGAUCGAUGUAUGGGGUCGUGCGGAAGGGUACCUCGUCAUGGUCGGCCUCACAGUCAUCGGACUCAUCCUCAUGGCGACAUGUAAGAGUCCGGAGCAGUAUGCCGCUGCUCAGGUCUUGUACUGGGUUGGAUACGAUGGUAUCUCCUAUAUCUUGGACGUCUUCAUCGCGGAUACCUCAUCCCUCCGUAACCGAGCCCUCAUGUUCGCGUUCUCCACCUCCCCUUACAUCUGCAACACCUUCGCCGGACCAGCAUUGGCUCAGGCUUUCUACAACCCGCUCGUGACCAACUCCGGUCCCGGAUGGGAAUGGGCCUUCGGUGCUUUCGCCUUCAUCAUCGCUGGUAUCUGUACACCGUUGUCGGUUAUCAUGAUCUACUACCAACGCAAAGCCGAAAAACUCGGUGUCUACAAGCGUGACACCUCCGGCCGCACGACAUGGCUCCAAGCCGCAAAGUACUGGUUCAUCGAGUGGGACGUCAUCGGCAUCAUCCUCAUCUCCGCCGGCUUCGUCCUCUUCCUCCUCCCCUUCUCCAUCGCGAACUACGGCCUCAACACCUGGCAAUCCGCAGAAAUCAUCGUCAUGAUCAUCGUCGGUGCUGUCACACUCAUCGCAUUCGGACUCUACGAGAAAUACCUCGCGCCCAAGUGUUUCAUUCCCUGGGAACUUCUCAACGACCGUACCGUCCUCGGAGCAUGCAUCCUCGCCGCUUCGCUCUACGUCUCGUUUUACUGUUGGGAUCUUUACUUUUACGCUUACUUACAGGUCGUGUUCGGACUCUCCGUUAAGGAGGCUGGAUACCUCUCCAACACCUACAACAUAGGUUCCUGCUUCUGGAGCAUCAUCGUCGGUAUCCUCGUCCGCUGGACUAAUCGUUUCAAGUGGCUCGCGAUGUGUGCGGCUCCGCUCAUGAUGCUCGGUGCGGGUCUCAUGAUUCAUUUCCGUCAGCCGGAUGUGAAUAUUGGAUAUGUUGUCAUGUGUCAGAUUUUCAUUGCAUUUGCCGGUGGAACGCUUGUUAUUUGUGAGCAGAUGGCUGUUAUGGCUGCGGCGUCUCAUCAGCAUGUUGCUGUCAUGCUCGCUUUUGUUGGUCUCUUUUCGUCUGUUGGUGGUGCUAUUGGUGAUGCCAUCGCUGGUGCGAUCUGGACGAACACCCUCCCCAAGGCUCUCGAGGCUGCGCUUCCUGACGAUUUGAAGAAUAUGACCAACACCCUCUAUCUCUCCACCACCACACAGUUGUCCUACGACUUCGGUACCCCAGAGCGUACCGCCAUCAUCGAUGCUUAUGGUGUCGCUCAGAGGAGGAUGUGUAUCGCCGCUACCUGUGUCCUCGUUAUUGCAUGGGCUUCCAUCUUCAUCUGGAGGGAUAUCCAUGUUGACAAGAAGAGGCAAGUUAAGGGUGUCGUUAUUGGAUAA